AGACACGUAGACUCCCAAGAAUAGAGGGCCACGUGUAACGACCUACGCCACGAGAGUCAACGAACCUUCAACGGCUAGAAUUGAUAUCGUUUCUCCGGCGAGAACACAUUCAGACGGAAAAUGGCGAUUACUCUCUCAACAAUCGCUCCGAUCACUCGUACUUACCUCUCUCCUGCUAAUAAUUCUCCACCAAGUUGUACAAGUAGUAGUUGUACUUAUAAUCUCACUCUCUCCCCCUCCGUCACCGCCAACAAAACGGUCCUCGCUUCUUCAUCACAUACUCGCCGCCCUGUCUCCGCCGCCGUCUCCAGCUCAACCGGAACUGCUGAAUCUUCGAUUGGAAUUGGCGAAGAAACGGGCAGUCUGUUGGAGAGAGUAGAGGUGUUUGAUUUGAAUGGGAAUUCGAUUUUGAUUUCUGAUUUAUGGAAAGAUCGGAAGGCUGUCGUUGCAUUCGCUCGUCAUUUCGGAUGUGUCCUUUGUCGCAGACGAGCUGAUAUGCUUGCUGCUAAGAAGGAUACGAUGGAUGCUUCAGGUGUGGCGCUUGUCUUGAUUGGACCUGGUAGUGUUGAUCAGGCAAGAACAUUCUCUGAGCAAUCUGGUUUCAAAGGAGAAGUAUAUGCAGAUCCUAGUUAUGCAUCAUACAAGGCACUGAGCUUCGUUUCUGGAGUUUCAACCACUUUUACACCCGGAGCAGCUUUGAAGAUCAUAGAAGCAUACAUGGAAGGUUAUCGACAAGACUGGAAGCUUUCGUUUGAAAAAGAUACUCGUACCAAAGGUGGCUGGCAACAAGGUGGAAUCAUAGUUGCAGGUCCAGGGAUAAGCAACAUCUCAUACAUCCACAAGGACAAAGAAGCAGGGGAUGAUCCCAACAUAGAAGAGAUACUUAAAGCUUGUUGCUCAUGAGUCAUGAGUCAUGAGACAUGAGGAUGAGGUACUUAUUAUAUUCACAAUGAUACUCUAUGUAAAAUAUUGUAAAUGAACAUAUGAAUGUAUGAUAGAUGACUUUUUAUUUAUAUUCAAUAAAUUGGAUUAUAGAGUAGUGUUACAAAUUA